AUGGGUGCCAAGAGAGGUUCUUCGAAGAAGAAGACCAAGGUGCUCGAACAGCCAACGGAGGAGGAUGCGUGGAACGCCAAAAUCAAGAGGCGAGGGAAAUGGGUGCCGUCAGAGGGCGAGGUGUACAAACAAAAGUAUCUGGUGGUCGAAACCAAGGCAGCAUCUAUGAAGUACAUCGAAACCUGCGAGCCGAGGCUGACCGAACGCGAGCUCCUUACCCUGCCGUACGAGACGCAGCCCAUCAAGAACGAGCAGCAUAAGACUUGCCAUCUGUACGCUGUGGCGGACAUCAUUGAUCUCGUGCGGGAGAAAGCAGAGGCACUGAGCGUGCUUGCUCGAAUCCCCGGACAACCGGACCCUCCGCCUCAAGCUGGCCCAUCUCACAGCUGGAUGACCAGAAAAGUGACGUAG